GUAGAGGCAGGCACUAUAAAAAGACAGUUCAGGGUUUAAUAACAAAUCUCCAUGGUUGGGUAAAAGAUUUUUAUUUUUCUACUUGUAGUUGUUGUGCUGAGAGAAGUUGAUGUUAGUUUUGGCUUCAUAUGGAUACUACUAUGAUGAGAUUUUUAAGUUUUCCUUUGGCAGUAUUUUUAAGCCUUGGUGUUUAUGACAGCAUUGGGACUGUUGAUGAUUAUAGCUCUGUCAUCAGUGGAGGUAAUCCUGGAUGUUGUAAUCCUGAUAUUCCAAAAGAUGCUCGACCCAUGCAGGACGAUGUUAAACCACAAAGUGUUUACACCUGGUAUGGCCCAGGAGAUGUUGCUGGACCAAUCAGGCCUCGGAGUUCUAGGAAUAUAAUUUAUCGUGCUGCAGUUAAGGGAGGCUAUGGUUCUGAAAGCUACAAUUCUCAGACUAGCUCUUCAGGUGGUACAGUGACAAGUGGAAGUUCUAGUUCAGACCCUAGAAGCCAGCUUCAGGGCUCUCAACCUGCUUCAGUUGGAAGUGGUAGUCUUGUGGGUAGUGCAGCAAGUAUGGGCAUUUCAGGGUAUGGUUCGAGUCGGUCAGUUAGUGUUCAAGACUCUGACACUAUUGGUUCUUCCAUGGUCUUGAUGCCGUUGCAGCAAAGUAGUAAUUCUGUUUUUAGGCCAAAGCAGCUUACUGGCCAAAUUCCUCUGCAGACCAGCAAUGAGCCCGGCAGUCAACAGGUAGUGCAGACAAUCUCCCAGUCCAGUGGUCAGCAACCAGCACAAGCCAGCUCUGGAACCAUGGCCCAGUCUAGCACCCUGCAGUUAACCCAGACUAGUGGCCAACAGUUAGCACAGGCCAGCUCCCAGUUUGCAAGGCAGUCAAAUAGAGGGCCUCUUAAGCCUCCGAGAGAUCAACUUUGGCAAACUGGUUCUAAGCUUUUUUCAGGUUCCAGACCAGUUCAGGAUCCAAGCUUUGGGUUUUUCAAGCCUUUGCCCCCCAAAAAUGAAUCCAUGCCACUGCCUAACUACCAAAUAGUGCAACAAAGCAGUGAGUUGAACAGCCCUCAGCUAGCUCAGGUUAGCUAUGCACUUAUGAGUCAGUCAUCCAGCCAGCAAUUAGCCCAAUCCAGUAGCCAGCAACCAGUACAAACUAGCUAUGAAACUGUAGCCCAACCAAGCAGCCAACAACUAGCACAGGUCAUCCAGCCUAGCAAUGAACCAGCACAAACCAGCUUUCAGUCUGUGGCCCAUGCCAGUAGCCAGCAACUUCCACAAGCUACUAACCUGCCUUUGGUUCUGUCCGGCAGCCAACAAUUAGAACAGGCCAGCUCUCAGUUUGUGGCCCAGCCCAGCAGCCAUCUAGCACAAGCCAGCUACCAGUCAGCAGAAGCUCCCUACCAGUCUGUGUCCCAGCCCAGUGGCCAAUCUGUGUAUCUUCAGCCUGGAUUCCAGCUCCCUUCUAUGCCCGAUCAGUCAAGUUAUGCAUCUCUUUCCAGUUUUGGUUCCCAACCCCUAGAGCAACCCGCUAAUGUACAACUUGCUUCAAGCUAUGAGUCUGUGUCGCAGCAGCCUGACCUUCAGGAUAUAGCACCACUGCACCCCCAGACUACUCAAAACGAGCGCUUAUCACCAGGCAUGUUGAGGCAGUUGCAACAAGUGAAGUCAUAGCUGCAUAGUUGAUCUAACUU